AUGGAUGAGGCCACCAGACUGGUACACGAGCUGCAGGGCCGCCUGGCAGCCUUGGACAACAAGGUGCUGCAGUACCGACGAAAUAUGACCGAGGACUUCACUAAAUACGCGGAGGAACUUCUCAAGGAUGUGGAUGAAGAUGUUUCGCAAAAGGUACAAAAAAUAAUUGCCGAGUCAAUGAAGGACUAUAAAUCGUUGGGACUAGAGGCCACCACCAACAGCAUUGAGUCAGGUUCAGGCACCAGUAGUGCGAGACCAGAGCCCAAUUCAGCCGGCCGUCUCCAGACGACAUGGCCCAUGGCAAUACCACGAGAGGAAGAGGAAGAGGAAGACGAGGAGGAGAGCGAAGAGAUGGCUCGAAGUCCGCAUGAACGGGAAAUCGAGUUCCAAGGCGUCUUCACUCCAGCAUAUCUGCCAUUGCUCGACAGUACCGAUCGCAAUGAGCGCAGAGGGAGCUGUGAUACCCCACGAACACCUAGAUCACCCAAGUCACCCGUGGUCGAGAGAGAUAGUAAAGGAAAAGGCAAGAGUAUCGAUGUGGGACUGGGAAGUGUAGAUGCAAGUACCGACACUCGAUCGUUGACUUCAACACCCGAGCCUCCGAAACCACCUAUACCCAAACGACAAAAUACAGAUGAAGCCUCGAUUGGUUCGUCGGAACUGAGUGAAUCUGGUACCACACGUAGAAGUGCCUUACGACGUUCCUCCACCUCAUCUAACACCAACAGAGCAAGCCCGCGUAGGGUACGAUUCGACGUAGAAGGUGAGGAGGUGUUGCCAACAGAAUCACCCUAUUCCUCGCAAUUGUCAAUGGCUACGAGUAAGGACGUACCAAUGGAAUAUGAAUCACUCUCACUCGUGUAUGACUCGGGUGACGAUGACGAACAGCAAAUUGAGGAUAUAGAAGAGGAGAGGCCUCCAACCAAGAGAGUCUCAUCCUCGCAGCAGCUAUUACAACUGUCUCGACGACCCCUGGAUGAAGAAGAAAACGUGCAAUGGACGACCGUCUCAGCGCCGCCUGACGGCUCAGCCUCGGUUGCAACAUCUGGCGGUCCAAUGUCAACCGAGUCCUCAAGCGAUGAUUUGCUGUACGCCAACGAUUACUCACGUGCUCACGUAGACGCGGCUGCUCAUGAGCAAGAAAAAGUCUCGACAUUCACAACCCGCGAUCUCCAACGCUCUUCCUUACGCAUACACAUUCCUGGUGCCAAUCUCGAAGAACUCCACACAGAACCAGAAACCAGCGACAGUGACGACUCGGACUCGGACGUCCUAAACAUGCCGUUGUCUCGCUCCCUCAAGAAGCUAAAGGGCGAGAAGACUGCGGAGAUCGUUGGCGAAAAGACUGCUGGCUUCGUUGACGAGAAGCCUACUGAAAUCGUCGACGAGAAGGCUGCCGGUAGCAUCUAUGCACCAUCGUCUACCGCAGAAUUCAUGGGAACUCCAACGACCUCGAGUACUGAUGGACGCUCCGUUCGCUCACUUACCGCAUCGACUCGCUCCCCAGGUGUUUCUCUAGAGCCCAUCAGAGAGCCCCGACACAAGCCACCCUAUAGCUCUGAGGACUCCCGAUGCUCAUUGUCAGUACAAGAUGACGAAACCGUGUUCCCGUUCGACGAACGCGAGUACAUCGAGCCCCUCCGUCGACCAGAAUUCUCCCCAACUUCUCCCAUCUCUCCAGUAUCACCUGUCUCGCCAGCAUCCCCCGAGGGCGGUUUGCCAAUCAAGAAGAAGGUUAUCUCCCUAAUGGCUGAGUCUCCGGCUCGCCCAAUUUUUGCAGGCAAUGAACGCCGCACGUUCUCCGCCACUUCCUCAGUCGGCUCAUACAAGGGAAACUUGUUCGGAAUGUCUGUUGCCUCUGAUGAAAUUCAGGCCAAGGCCGCUUCCGUCGGAGAGACCCCUCAAUUCUUCGUGGGAAGCAUGAAGGGAACAUCGGGCUUCGACGAGAGCGAUAUCCGUACGUAUAAGCUAAGUCUCGGCAAACCACAAAAGAAGCCUCACCCGGGUGAGAUGGCGGAGCGUUUACGACUUGAGGAGGAGGCAGAAAUGGAAGCCGCAGAAAAGGAAGCCGCUCGCAAGGCAGCUGAGAGAAAGGCAAAGGGACUCGACUCGGAUGAUGACGAUAUGGACUAA